CCGGUUACGGUAUUGUUAACGGAACAAUUCCCUUGCCUGGAGCUAUCUCAUGCAACAUACUUUUGGAAAAGACGGACGGGGGUCAUCUCGUACAGUAUUCGCUCGCAUAGACCUGAGGAGGUUUAGUUAGUUUGGAAGACACAAACGUUGACUAACGUUACCGUUCCAUAACCUCAUACAGGAAUAUUUAAGUUGGGCGCCAUGUCUCGACAGCAGCAGGCGGUGGAGCGCGCGCGCAAGGCCUUCCGGACGGGACGGUCGAAGCAGAUUGAGUACCGCAUCACGCAGCUGAAAUCGCUGCAGCGCUUCCUGGUGGAGAGGAAUCAGGACAUCUGCGACGCCCUGAAGAAGGACCUCAACAAGAGUGAGAUCGGCACCCCUCUGUACGAGACGAUGGGUCUGGAGGGGGAGAUCAUGCUGGCGGUGAGGAAGCUGAAGGACUGGGCGGCGCCCCGGCCCGUGGAGAAGAGUCUGCUGACUCUGACGGACAGGGUGUUCAUCCAACCAGAGCCGCUGGGCGUGGUGCUGAUCAUCGGGGCCUGGAACUACCCCUGGGCCGUCACUCUACAGCCCCUCAUCGGAGCCAUCGCUGCUGGUAAUGCAGCCGUGGUGAAGCCCUCUGAGGUCAGCGCUCACACGGCCAAGGUGAUGGAGGAGCUCCUCCCCAUCUACCUGGACAAGGAGCUGUACCCCGUGGUGACGGGGGGGGUCCCAGAGACCCAGGAGCUGCUGAGGCAGCGCUUUGACCACAUCUUCUACACGGGGAACCCCGCCGUGGGCAAGCUGGUGAUGGAGGCGGCAGCGCGUCACCUGACCCCCGUCAUCCUGGAGCUGGGAGGGAAGAGCCCCUGCUACAUCGACAAGGACUGUGACAUCACAAUCGCCUGCAGGCGGGUCACCUGGGGGAAGUUCACUAACUGCGGCCAGACCUGCAUCGCCCCCGACUACAUCCUGUGUGAGCCCAGCAUCCAGGACCGCGUGCUGGAGGAGAUCGGCAAGUGUGUGAAGGAAUUCUACACGGACGACCCCAAAGCCUGUGAGGACUACGGGCGCAUGAUCAACCAGCGGCACUUUAAGAGGGUGAUGGCCCUGACGGAGGACAGUACCAUCGCUGUCGGCGGAGAGAACGACGAAUCUCAGUGUUAUAUCGCCCCCACGGUCCUGCGGGACGUGCGGCCUGACUCCAAGGUGAUGCAGGAGGAGAUCUUCGGCCCCGUGUUGCCCAUCGUAACCGUCAGCGGGGUGGACGAGGCCAUCAGCUUCAUCAACGCCAGAGAGAAGCCCCUGGCCCUGUACAUCUUCUCAAAGGACAAGAAGCUGAUCAGACAUGUAAUCUCUGAGACCUCCAGUGGUGGGGUGCUGGCCAACGACUGCCUGGUUCACUACUCUGUCAGUUCGCUGCCCUUCGGGGGUGUAGGCAACAGCGGGAUGGGCUGUUACCACGGCAAGCACAGCUUCGACCAGCUCAGCCACCUGCGCGGCUGCCUCAUCAAGUCUCUGGGCAUGGAGGGCGCGAACAGCAUGCGCUACCCACCCCACACCGCUAAGAAGCUGAGCUGGGCGCGCUUCUUCCUGCUCAAGCACAUCGACUUCGGCCGGCUGGGCAGGGUGGCCAUGUUCACCGUGCUUGCCCUUCUCGCUGCCGUGGUGAUACAGAGGUACCUGCAGUGAGGGCCAGGUGUGGAUGGGCUGCAGACGGACACAGAGAGAGUCUUCACCACGCAAGCCUUACCCCGACGCCUGACGGAAAGUUCCGGAGAAUCACAGGAACCGUUUUUACAUAUUUUAAUCGUUUUACUACCAUUGUUUGCUUUGCUGCAAAUGGCCAUGGGUGUCAGAUUUAUUAGCUGAUAAUUUCUGCUAAUUUCUGAACUAGAAGCGGAUUCUUUUUAUUCAUGGUACUUCAGAAGAGUUUUUAGUUUUAACCUGUGAGCUCAGGUUGUUGUUUUUUAAAAUUGCUUUUAUUUCCAUUAAUAUGCUAAUGGAUGCUGUUUUAAUGAAGGAACUGAUCUGAAGGACAUUGCUGUUACUGGAUACACAGUUUGUCAGUAAUGGCUCUUGAAUUGGGGCAUUAGCCGUUAAGGACCCAGCACAUGAAUUUCUGAAAAAUUUGAUGUCCUCAAAUUUCUAAUCUCAGGACCCCUGGUGAAAUGUGAUUGGCUAGGCCUUCCGGUCACGUGACCAGGGGUCUCCCCUGUCAUGGGACCACAGCAGACUGUAGGGGCUCAUUCCAAUCGCUUAUUUUUCUCCUCAUUUUUCCUUUACUUGCUCCUGAACUGGAAAUCGAUCAAGGUCCGCCAUUUUUAAGAACAUUCCAACCCGUUAAAUGUUCCUUCCUGUCGUGUGACUGGAGCACUUCCUGUCAUGUGACCGAAGGUCUUAUCAGUCUUCCAUGGUGUGUGAGAGGAGGCCUUGGAUGUCUACUAAUGGCAAAGCAAAAAAAAAAAACCAUUGCCUAUGUGUGGAUUUCCAGAUCAAAGGAACAUUUUAUGGAGAAAAUGGGAGUUUCACAUCAAUCAGACUGUGUCCCUGUCACAGUCGUUUAAAACUUGGACAUUUUUAUCUGCUAAAAUUUCUCUGUUAAGCGGCACGAGCCACUUUCCAACCGGAACAUUGAUUUAGCCAACAGCAGGUUAACGCUGCUUCGCAUGUUAUAUACGUCACCACUAACCAGAAAUUACAAUAAGCAACAAUAUGUACAAUCGUGUAUAAAAAUUGUACAAAGUGUAAAACUAUAAUUUAGUACGCUAAUGGAGAAUGAGUAAAAGCAUGCGAAUUAUAGCUCGAAAUGCAGCCUUUAGUGCAAUGUCAUUUUGCGACGGGUAGGUUAAGCACUUUUUUUUUUAAACGACACUGAAUUUUUUAGAUUUAAAAAAAGUUUGAAUUAUGAAAUUAUUAAUGAUUAAAAUAUUUUUUCUUUUCGAUUUUUCAUAUACAAACAAACAUGCAGAUGUCUUGCAUUAUUUAGAAGGAAUUAGAGAACCCCGUCAAUUUCUCCUGUAGGCCGUCUAUUUCUUUGACCCGGUAUGAAGUCUUGAAAAUGCUAACAAUUCUGAAGGAAAUUUUGUCCAAUUCUGAAGCUUAUUUCAUUAGAGAACUAGAACUGAAGCACACCUACCGUUGAGUUGUUCAGUCUCAUCGGAAGCUAAAACAGAAUAAUUAUGAAGGACACCGCACACAUGUCACACUCGAUAUGUAUGAUGCUGAAUCAUGUUGCUAAUUCAUGUUUACAUUUUUUUAUUAAAGUGCAGGAAUGGAUCUGUUAAAAUGUGCACUUGCCAUGUUGAAGUACAGUGAACUAGACUGCACAUGUUGCCAUAGAAACGUUUUAUUUCCUGUUAUGAUUAUUUUAAUUAACUGAACUGAAAAAUUGUCUAAGAAUUACCUGAAUUUUACGCUGCUGCAAUUCAGUUUCUGUUAUAUCAUAUUCUAAUAAAAUGAUCGUUUGAAAUGUGAA